AAAAAGGCAAAACCGGGAAGGACGGAGAACAACCAAAGGUCCAAAGUGACACUUGACUGUUGCUAAUGGUAAGUUGAGAAUCGAGAUACAAAUCAUUAGCAGAAAAUUAAACUAAUUUAAAUACAUUAUCACAACGGUCAACUGUAGUGAAAUGGAGAAGCUGUAGAUCCGCAUAGAUAUUCAGAUUCCGCCGGUAGUGAAAUGGAGAAGAAGCUGAAUAAUCCACUCGAAUGGCUAAAUCUGAUGGUGUCAGAGCCUUACUAUCUCUUCCAUUUCCUCGCUUUCUUCUCUUAUUGUGUCGUUCGCAGCUCCGCCUCUCUCAUCCUCUCUCCUCAAAUCAUUCACCAUCUCUUUUAUCGGGAGAUUCAAGCGAUUUUAGCUCUCGCUAUUCUAGCUUCUGUUAAGGUCGUGAAAGAAGAAACAUGGGAGGCCUUUAUUGCUGAUAUGCUGUUUUUUGCAAAGCUUCUUCUUCUUGUUGUAUCUUUGAUGUUGGAUUACCAGUUGGCUCUCUGGUACAUGGUGUUAUUUUCAGUUAUAUAUAUCUUAUCACAACAGCCUGCCUUUCCAGGAUUAGGUUCUUCAAGUAAAUUAACACCACUUCAAUUAGAAACCUUGCUGACAGAAGGGAGUGAAUCAAGAUUCUGGUUGGUAGAAUUUCAUGCUUUCUGUUCAUCUGCUUGUAUCGUUGCAAGUCGGUGCUUUCCCGAGCUCUCAAUUACAUACUCCAACAAGAAGUUAUCAUUUGGAACAGUUGAUCUUGGACUCUUCCCAAAUGCAGCAGAAAAAUUUGGAAUAUCUCUUAGUGGGGGGAUGAGCCAGCUUCCUACUUAUAUAUUAUUUGAGAAUAAUGCUGAGGUUACACGCUUUCCAGAGUGGGAUUUUGCAACAAAAUCUUCACAUCCUUCUGUCAAUAAGAGAAUUAUUUGCAAACAUUUUGAACUCGAUAGGCGUCUUCUUGAAUAUAUCAACAGUAAAUAGAUACUGCAAGUAGAUUUUUGCUGGCUGAUUGGAAAUUUACUGGCUUGAGAUUCCUCGGUCUCUCCAGAACACAACAAUGUUAGUGGUAAUCAUUUUGAACUUUUUUUUGCUUUAAAUUUUUGUUAUCCUUUGAAAAUGAAAACUUGUUUACAAUUUAUAUACUGCCCAAUAUAGACAUUUUUUUUUACCCCUCCAAUAUACAAUUUGUAAACUUGCUUUAAAUUUGAUAGCAGUUGUAAUGCUAGUUUAUAUGUUGGCUUAUUUUUGUGAGAAUGAACGAUUAUCA